AUGUCGCCAUCCCUUUUUUUGAUUUCAUCAAAAUUCUUUCGUUAUCCUAUACAAAAAAAAAUGCCUACAGUUCAAAUCUUAAAUAAAACUCAACCCAAUAUUACUUAUUUGCCUGAUCGUAAGAUUUGGCAACAACGUACUGCACGUCGACUUGCUGAAGAAGAUUUAACCAAAGAAUUACCUGAAGGAUUUCCUGAACAAUUGGAAGGACCAAAAAUAUGGAAAGGAGAAGAUUACCAAGGACAAGAAGAUCGUUGGGUAUAUCAAUUAAAUCCUCAAGAAUUGGAUGAAGUACAUCAAGCUGUCUUGGACUUUGAAACCUCUGAAAAACCUUUAUCAGCCAUUGAUAAGGAUACCUUUUCUUUACCUACUUUGGGUCCCAAAUUAAAACAAUUGAUUGAGGAUGAUGUCAUUGAAGGUCGUGGGUUUUUGGUCGUGCGUGGUCUAGAUCCUGAUCGUUAUACUCGUUUACAAAAUAUCAUUGCUUAUGCCGGUAUUUCUUCGUAUGUUGGUAAAAGAGGUUUACAAGCCAAACAUAUCUUGGCUCAUAUCACUGAUCUUGUUACUAGCAAAGAACGUCAGCUGGAAGAAAUCUUGGCUCCUGCUUAUACGAACGAUCAUCAAGUUUUUCAUACUGAUGCAGGAGAUGUCAUUUCUCUUUAUGCUAUUGGGGUGGCUGAAACAGGUGGAGAAUCUAAAAUUGCUUCCAGUUGGACUGUUUACAAUGAAAUUGCAAGAGAUCGACCUGAUUUGAUUGAAACUUUGGCAAAUGACUGGGUUUUCCAAAAUGACUAUUCAGAAACUGGUUCAUCCUCUCGUCCUCUUCUUUAUUAUCAUGAUAAACAUUUGAUUAUUCAAUAUGCUCGUCGCAAUUUUACUGGUUUUGGUAAAAAUCCAAGAAGGGAUGAUCUUCCUCCUAUCACGGAAGCACAAGCUGAGGCAUUGGAUUACCUUCAUUAUACAGCAGAAAAGUAUCAUCUCCAAGUCAAUUUCCAAAAAGGUGAUAUUCAAUAUAUCAGCAAUACUUCCAUCUUCCAUGCAAGAAACGGUUACACUGAUAGCAAAGAAAACAGACGUCAUCUUUUACGACUUUGGCUUCGACCUGAAAAUGCUUGGGAUACUCCUGAACAACUCAAAGAACUUUGGAAUAAGUUAUAUGUGAACGAAAGAGAAGAAGUCUUCCCCUUGGAACCCACCAUAAGACAUUAA